GGUCGACACGGAGAGGGAUGCUGCCUCCGUCAGCCUCUCUGACGACGCCAAGGGAAGGACACGCGUGAGGCUUCUUUGUGUUUUCUCAACACUUGGACUUUUCCACAUUUCCCCCCCCCCCCUCCCCCUGUUCCCCUCCCCUCCUCCAUCUGGUUCAACUGUGAGGAGCAGAGGUCUGACCGAAAGGACCACACAUUGUUGACUGGCGUCUCAUCACCAGAGCGGCGCACUUGACGGGAAUACUGUCCACACUCGCUGCUUCGAGGGCUGCAAUGUUAAACACGGUUGGAAUGGACUGGGCUGUGGCCGACAAUCAGCGAGGACGUCUGUCUUUCUAAAGACGAGGAGACAUUUUACGGAUGCCUGUGACUGUGCCAAGUCCCUACAUCGCUCCCGAUUCCACUGGUCUACCUGACUGCAGCCUUGGCCCUGCACCCUGACUUUGAGCGGUUAGUAAUUGCCUCCAAGGGCAAUUGCACUGCAAGACAGCAACGACAACAAAAACAAAGCAAGACUCUUGGGAACUGGGAGCCCUGCUGCAGUGGAAUGUUGAGGUGGCAGGGCUGGUGAGUCAUUCACCUCAGCAGAUGCAACAAAUUAUUCAUCACUCGUGAACAGCAAAUAAUACAUAAUUUACGAGGAGCAAUUUCCGACUGGAGACCAAUAUGAAGGACGUGUCAUUCGUGGAUCGUCUCUUUGUUGGCUUGGCCGUGGCCUCUUUUGUUGUGGCCACUGACAAAAGGCCAGACUGCCCCAAACUCUGCGUAUGUGAGAACAGACCCUGGUUCUCUCCUAGUUCUGUAUACAUGGAGGCACAGACUGUUGACUGUAAUGAUUUGGAACUAUUUCACCUGCCAGAGAACCUACCCGUGGACACAGAAGUACUGUUGCUGCAAACAAAUAAUGUUGCAAAAAUAGACAAACCCUUGGAUUACCUGGCCAACAUCACAGAGAUUAAUUUAUCACAAAAUAACAUCUCAUCCAUGAGCGAGGUCCAUUUUGGAAUUCUGCCUCAGCUUCUGUCCCUACAUAUGGAGGAGAACCGAAUAAAAGAGAUGCCCGACCAGUGUCUGGUAGAGGUGGCAAAUCUUCAAGAGCUCUAUCUAAAUCACAACCUCAUCUCCUCCAUUUCCAAAAUGGCUUUCCAGGGUCUCAGCAAGCUUCUACGGCUCCACCUCAAUUCAAACAAGCUGAAAAUCAUUCACAGAGAGUGGUUCGAACCCAUGCCAAAUCUGGAGAUUCUGAUGAUUGGUGAGAAUCCUGUGCUUUCUAUCGAUGAAAUGAAUUUCAAACCUCUCAGCAGCCUCCGCAGUCUUGUUCUCACCAGAAUGAACCUGUCUCAGCUCCCUGACAAUGCUUUGGCCGGCCUUGAUAACUUAGAAAGCAUCUCCUUCUACGAUAAUACGUUCCCUGAGGUCCCACAUUCUGCCCUGAGAAAUGCAAAAAACCUGAAGUUUCUGGAUCUGAAUAAAAACCCAAUUGCAAGAAUACAGCGAGGGGAUUUUGCGGACAUGCUCCAUUUAAAAGAGCUAGGGAUUAAUAGCAUGCCAGAGCUUGUUUCCAUCGACAGUUUUGCCCUCAAUAAUCUGCCCGAGCUGACUAAAAUAGAAGCCACCAACAACCCGAAACUCUCCUACAUUCACCCUAAUGCUUUCUACAAACUGCCACGACUGGAAACACUAAUGCUAAAUGGCAAUGCACUGAGUGCCCUCCACAGAAUUACGGUCGAGUCACUCCCGAAUCUCAGAGAGGUUAGCAUGCACAGCAACCCCAUUCGCUGUGACUGUGUGGUACGCUGGAUGAACAUGAACAAGACCAACAUUCGCUUCAUGGAGCCCGACUCACUGUACUGUGUCGAGCCUCCGGAGUACGAGGGCCAGCAUGUCCGACAGGUGCACUUCAGGGAGAUGAUGGAGAUUUGUCUGCCACUCAUAUCUCCCGAAAGCAUGCCCGGGCAUAUUAAAGUACGCAGCAGGAGCUCGGUGUCGCUCCAUUGCCGGGCCUUUGCUGAACCGGAGCCGGAGAUCUACUGGAUCACCCCGUCCGGGAAUAAAGUCAUGCCCAACACGGUGUCCGAUAAGUUCUACAUGCACCCAGAGGGAACGUUUGACAUCUACGACAUCACCGAAAAAGAAGCCGGUCCUUACACAUGUGUUGCCCACAACCUGGUUGGAGCUGAUCUUAAAUCAGUUUCAGUUGAGGUGAAUGGAUAUUUCCCCCGGCCUGAAAAUGGUUCGCUCAAUGUCAAGGUCAAGUCAGUGGAGACAACUGCCAUCCUGGUUUGGUGGAAGGCAAACCCAGGCACUCUGGCUCCCAGCAUCAAGUGGUACACCCUGUCAAAUGCUAACCAUCCUCCUGCUUCAUUUUCCACCAGGGUGCCCUCUGACGUCCAAAUCUACAACCUUACCCAUCUCAGCCCUGCCACUCAGUAUAUAGUAUGCGUGGACGUCCGCAGCAUCCACUACAAGCAUUACACCAAAUGUGUCAAUGUCACCACCAAGGGAUUAGAGCUCGCAGCCAAGGACACAGAAAAAUGGGACAUGGCGCUAAUCACAUCCUUUGGUGUGCUCCUGGCUGGGAUUUCAUUGGGCUGUCUGCUUAUUUAUGUGUCUCUGAGGAUCCACCAACUUAAUGGGGACUUAAGGAAAUGCGACUCCAAAGCUUUGCUGUUACCAGCGGAAGCUGCCGGUGGGCGCCCUCCUUUCUUUACCAAGCUGUGGUUUUCAGGUAGGGUGCUGCCGAGUGGUGUGGAAGUGAAAGCCACAGUCAUAAAUGUGUCUGACAAUGCAUUUUAAGGACUUACACUAAUUGGACACGACGACAGGCAGGGGUGGACAAAUAUGUCGUACUGUUUAAAAGGCAAACCCAUUGCUGAGCCCCAGCUCAGAUACUCUGGCAAGACAUUUGGACUGGGAUGGAACAGUGUAAUUUCCAAAUAGCUGCUCUCCCACUUUCAACCUCAGCUGCCGGGGUGGCUUUGUAACUGCGACAUCAAGCGACGCAAACAUCAACCGGAUGAGGCAUUUCCUGCCAGAAGAUACAUUUAAGUACGAUUCGUACAGAAACGCAGGCGGUGGAAAGAAAGUUAAGAUUAGAUGAUGAGGAGGAUGACGAGAAAGAGGGUCCGCUCUCUUGUAACUGACUGUUCAAUUUGUCCUGAAUUGUGGAAAUGUCUGUGUGGUCCCAAGCAAUACCGUCUGUGCUUUGUCAAACAUCCAUAGACGAGUUAGCGAUACAGUAAUAACACCUGUCUAUACCGAGGAAGGAGAUUUAGUAGACUAGACAAAUAACAGUGAACUAUGGUGUAAAGCCUUUUGAUGAAACAUACCCCUGUCCUCUUUUCUAUUUAAAAUGAAUUCUUGAUUUUUCAUGGAAAUAUUGUUAUAUAUUCUAUUAUGUUAAUGUCACCACAAAACGUCUGUAAUGCAGCAGUUUAAAUAAUUGGCUUUAUAUUAAGGCAAGCGGCAGACUAUGUUUGAUUACAAUGUCACAUUAAGCAUAAUGGAAUUCUGCUACAAAAUGGGUGUCUUGAGAAGUAAUGCUGUGUAGUUCUCUUUUCAACUAUGACUGGGGGAAAAUGUGGAUAUCUCGGACUACAAGUACAAAGCUGAGGUGGCUGCUGUGCUAUGGCCAAAAAAAACAAAAGCAAAACAACAACAAAAGUUGUUGGUAUGCCCUGGUAAGUGCCUAAAAAAAGAACUACAUGAGAUUGGAAGAAGAAUCAAAAGGAAUAUGUCAGUUGCAGCAAAAAAAAAAACAAAAAAACAAAAAAACAAAAAAAAAAAAAAAAAAAAGACAAAAAAACCCAAAUAUGACUAUGUACUCAUUGCAGAAUCACAAGCUAUUCUCCAGUAUGAUGUGAAGACUACCCUGUCCGUAUUUUUAGCAAACAUAUUUUAAAGAUAUUUUGUUGUUGCUUUGGGUGUAAAGUUAAAAGCCAUUUUUAUAUCAUAACUGUUCUAUAUGUGAUCUACGGGCACAACAGACUAAUUAAGCAACGUGCUACGAAAAAACUAAAUAAAUGUCAGUUUC